UCAGUCCCAGGUGACUACAGCAAACGAGUGUACCAGGGUGUGAGAGUGAAACACACAGUCAAGGAUCUACUGGCAGAAAAACGAUCCAGGCAGACAAGUAAUUCGAGAUAUAAUGGCAGCACCAGUGCUUGUCCAUCUCCGUUUGUCCAGGUGCCAGGUUCGCCGGUCAUGUCAGGUUACUACGGUGUCAGGCGAUCUUUCUUAUCCGACUCAGACUUCCAUAGCACGAAACCGUUCUCAAAUGACGCCUACCCCUCCGGCGUGGCUAAGCCCUUCUCCUGCGAGGCCUCUGCGGGCCAGAGCUUCCCGGGCCUCCUGGAGCCCUACUUCCCGGAGCCCUACGGCGACUACCGGCCCGCCGCCCUGCCGCCCAGCGCGGGCCCCGCGUUCAGCGCCUCGCCCCUGCCACCGCUGCUGCCGCCGCCCUUCCCCGGGGACCCCGCACACUUCGUCUUGAGAGACUCGUGGGAGCAGACGAUGCCCGAUGGUCUCAGCCAGUCGGACCCCAUGCCCACAGACACCCUGCAGACCUUGAUGCCCAGUGCCAGUUGCCUGUCACAGCUUGAGGCCGGGAGCACCCCCCAGCACAGGAGCUCAAGCUGGGGGACCACCCUGACUGGGGCUCAGCCUUACUCUCUGCAUGGGCUGGAGGAGCUGCACCACACGCCGGGGUACCCCCCCACACCCUCCUACCCAUUCACCCCUUUCAUGACCAUGGCAAAUGACCUCGCGCCCAAGGUGGUGCCGCUCACUGCAGAUGAGGGGGCGGAUGCUCCUUCCCUUGCCGACGCUGCUGCAUGGACGAAGGAAGACGGGGGCAUGGUGUGGGGGUCGUACGAGUGCCGCCGAGCCUACUGA